AUGGCAUAUCAAUUCUUCAUCCUCUGGCUACUAUGGGCUUACUGCGCCUUCGCCAACGUAGAAAAGGUCAUCUUCCUGACUCCCGCGGCUGAACCUCUACCCCAAGACGCGAGUAUCGACAAUCUGUUUCUCACGCGCCUGUCGGAACAAUACCCCAGCGUUAGAACUCGCAUCAAUGCAAGCUUCCCCAGCACAGUCUCUCCCAAGGGCACCGAGAGUUGGUUCUUACUUGAGCAUCUCCGCCCCGGAAGACGAUACGAGCUCCGAAUAUGUUGGCUGGCAACUCAACCUACGUCCUUCUGGCUCUAUUCGCACACUGUGGAUCAUACCUUCGAGACUCCCGCUCUUCUGACAUCGCUGAGUGCCUAUGCUUCUGCUCGCCAUGCACAGCUUGGCUCUGAAGAUAGUCAGAGCCUCUUGCUCAGGAAGGCCAAGGCCCGUCCAAGCGAUAUCGAGUCAACUCUUCUCUUCCUCCAGGUCUUCGCUGCGGCAGACUAUUUUAGCUUGAACCAAACACUGAUGAAGAUAGUUCCCCCGGUGGCUGUGGACGUAAUUUUAGACCCCUAUGUUUUCAACAUCUUGCCAAAGUCACUUGCUCCGACAGGACUGUAUCUCGUCGUGAUUGCAACGGGGGCGUGGUUUCUAUCCGGCUGGAUUUCAAGGCUCUUGGCUAGGCCUGUGGUACAGCAGGUUCAAUUGAGAGCAGACAAAACUGACUGA